UGCGUGGGGACCCGCGAGCGAUGGCGCUGGCGCUUGCCGCGAGGAUUUCGUGGCGCCAACGGCUUGGCUUCCAGUUGGCUUAGAAGAAUCUUGCGAGCUACAGCCUAAACAAUGUGGCAAUGUUUCGAUAAGCAAAGACACGUCCAUUAACCGGCUUGAAAGUUCACAAGAUCGCGUGGACACCUCCAAAGACAACGUGAUCGGCCAUCCCUUUCCUCUACAUGGCGAUACAAAAAGAUAUGAACAGAAGAUGGCUUUUUACGUAACAUAAAGUCAGAGGGGUCGGUUGAGCUUGCACUGGCUGAAAAGGACGCGGGCAGACUCCAGAAGUCUUGCACAGGCCAAAACGCUAUGCUCGAGCGAGUAGUUUAAGCUGCUCAAAAGAUGGUAGAGGCUUCCUAUCUGUGUAAUUGACCAGUGCAAGAUGAAAGACUGUGCAGGGCAGGCAGGGAACAGUGUCUACGUGCUCUUGCAGUGUCAAAGCUGCAAAAGAUUGACACUAAGACUAAUUUUUCGAUCAGGAAGAAAAUGGCGACGGUAUUUUUUCAGCGUUCCAGAACAGUCGGGGGUAGAAAGGUGGAAAGAAAAGCUUAAUGCGGCAAAACAAAGGUCAAGAUAGAGGCCCACAACACCACAUUAUCAACAGAGAAAGUCUAGACGGGUUUAACAAAAGACUUGCGGUACAUAUUCUGACCGACUCUAUUAAGGGGUGGGAGCAAGUCCCCGGUAAGCUUAACAAAUCGUACCUCUGGAAGUCAAGAUUAUGUUUCACUUUGCUGACCACAGACGCUUAAAACAUGCCGCUCAUGACAUGAUUCUAUCCUUUCCUGGCAUUUUAUACUUGAAUCUCAAGCCUUUUUCUAGCUUUUCAUUUGCAUUGUUUUUUUUUGUAUUCUUGGACAACUGUUCCUUCUUAAUGGGCCCCUGUACCUCGAUUUCAUAUUCAUACAUAGAAUCCAGCUAUGCUUCGCUGCUCUUACUGGACUCCUCCCUAUUCAUUCUUGAGCUUCGUUUCUCUCGCUACUUCUUGUGCCAGAAGAUGCCGAAGGUUCCGUUGUCUUAAAGCACUUUGUUGGCUUCAAGUUUAUGCGGCUCGUUGAAGGCUCUUCAGAAAACUUGUUCUUCCAUUUCAGAUCCAUGAAACAAGACUGAUGCAAGGCACUAGGGAGAGAAACUUUAGAAAUUUUCGGGGCCUGAAUUCCAUGGCAAUGCAAGAGAAUUGCUGUGCGUGAGCAUCUCAAAAGCGCUUCCAGGAAUUCAGGCUGAACAGGAAGCUCAUUGCUGAAGAGUAAUGAAACCAAACCUGAGAGAGAUAUGGAGGGUGCUUCUGGUGAUGAUUUCGAAGAUCAGUCGGACCUGCAAGCAUCUAAGAAAAGAUACCAUCGUCACACCGUCCAGCAAACACGGCAGCUGGAGAUGUUCUUUAAGGAGUGUCCUCAUCCCGAUGAGAAACAAAGGCAAGAACUCGGCAGAGAGCUCGGACUUGAACCACGCCAGGUCAAGUUUUGGUUUCAGAAUCGACGUACUCAGAUGAAGGCUCAUCACGAACGGGCAGACAAUUCCAUUUUAAGAGCUGAGAAUGAGAACUUGCGAACUGAGAACAUCGCAUUGCGAGAGGCCCUGAAGGACGCGAGCUGUCCCAAAUGUGGAGGGCAGCUUACGCCAGGAGAGAUGUCUUUCACCGAGCAGCAGCUCCGGAUUGAAAAUGCUCGUCUGAGAGAUGAGCUGAAUAGAGUGUCGGCUUUGGUAGCGAAGUACAUAACUCGAUCGGCCAUCCCGUUGAACAUUCUCCCAGAUUUUCCCUUCGAUAUCACUGCAACUGGAACGUCGGACUCCGUCGCGGUUCCAUCCAUUCUAGAAGUGGCUAGUCGACCGGGCGGCGUGACGGAAUCCGAGAAACCAGUUAUCGCAGAGCUUGCAAUAGUUGCGAUGGAAGAGCUGCUGCUGGUUGCAGCUGAAACAGACGGUGCACUGUGGAGUAGUGUGGAUGGAACAAAAGAAGUUUUGAGUCAGGAGGAGUAUUUCAGACAAUUUCCAAGAGGUCUGGGGCCAAGGCUGAUGGGAAUGGAAACAGAAGCAUCAAGAGAGACUGGUCUGGUCAUGAUGAAUGCAGCGGGGCUGAUUGAUACCAUCAUGAACGUUGGCAGAUGGGUCGACAUGUUUUCGAACAUAGUGUCAAGAGCUUUUACUACGCAAGUUCUCACCACUGGCGUCGGCGGCAAUUGGAACAACGCGCUGCAACUGUUGUAUGCAGAAUUGCAAAUCCUUUCGCCUUUGGUUCCUACACGGGAGUUCUUCUUUCUCAGGUACUGCAAGCAGCAUUCCGAACGCGUGUGGGCGAUUGUUGAUGUCUCUAUCGACGGCCUUCGGGAUAAUCCGGCCCCGCAAUUGCGGUGCAGGAUGCGUCCUUCUGGUUUCUUCAUCGAAGACUUGCAAAAUGGAUACUCAAAGGUGACGGCAGUGCAACACAUAGAAGCCGAUCACCGCCAAACUGAAAACAUAUAUCAUGGGCUGAUGUGCAGUGGUGCGGCCUUCGGCGCAAAGAGAUGGCUCGCCAUCUUGCAGCGUCAGUGCGAGAGGCUGGGAAUCAUGCUAACCAACAACAUAUCAGCUAGAGAUCUGGGUGUCAUUCCAAAUGCAAAUGGUCGGCGGAGCAUGCUGUUCCUCGCCCAGCGCAUGACGAGUAACUACUGCGCGGGUGUUAGUGCCUCGAUUGUACACACAUGGACCACGCUCUCUGGCGCCGGCGAAGAGGACAUCCGCGUAAUGACUCGUAAGAGCGUCAACAAUCCAGGUGAACCUCCCGGCAUUGUUCUCAGCGCUGCGACGUCCCUGUGGGUGCCGGUAAACUCGCAGCGCCUGUUCGAGUUCCUCCGGGACGAGAGGCUGCGAAGCGAGUGGGAUAUCCUUUCAAACGGUGGUGCAGUCCAGGAGAUAGCACGAGUUGCAACCGGCCAAGACCCCGGCUGCGUCGUCUCGCUCCUCCGCGUUGGUGCAUUGAAUACGUCGCAGAGCAACAUGCUCAUCUUGCAGGAGAGCUGUACCGAUGCAUCCGGUUCGCUCAUAGUUUACGCUCCCGUAGAUAUUCCGGCGAUGAAUCUGGUGAUGCAAGGAGGGGAUCCAGCCACCGUGGCGCUGUUACCGUCAGGAUUUGCCAUCUCACCGGAUGGAGCAGUAUCUCAACGUACAACGCAAGAGGGUGGCGGUGCUGGCGGUGGCGGUGGUGCUGAUCUAGCAGAGGCAAGCUCUUCUUCUAGCAGCGGCGCUCUCCUCACGGUGGCUUUCCAGAUACUAGUCAGCAACGUCCCCACCGCCAAGCUAAACUUGGAGUCCGUGGCCACUGUCAACAGCCUCAUCUCCAGCACCGUGCAACGCAUCAAGACCGCUCUCGGCUGCUGCUAAGUUUCAGUCUCGAGCAUGGAUUGGACAGAGAAAGAGCGACAGUGGUUUCGAUAUAGCUUUCGGAUUGGACAGAGAAAGAGCUAGUACAGGCAUUACAGGCAUGGAGAAGAUCGCAGCUUUCAAGACAAACAGAGGAGGAGAGAACUCACAGGGAGAGAUAGCAAACAUCACGGGAAAGAAAAAGGACAGAGUCAAGAGCGCACCACAGACGAUCCUUCCUCGCCUCUGGCCAGAAUAUUUCCAUCGAGAAACUUCCGUUUUUCCAGACCAGGCAAGGCUAAUGGUUCGGGUAUUGACUCUCCUUUUUCUGAUCCAUCGUUCCUUUUUUUUUCAUUUUUUUUUUUCAUUUUUAUCUGAGAUAUUACGGACUCAUCAGCACAUUUUUUUUUUC